AUGGAGACCUCUAUGCGCAUGGCUCACCCGUCACAAAUGGCGGCCCAUACUCCGAGCCCAACACCAUUUUCGUCGCCUUACAUGUCCAUGUUCGAUAACGCUAGCGCUCCUUUGGAGUUGGCCUAUGGAUUAGAUGAUUUUGGGGUUCACCGAGAGAUCAGCAUGACUGCCAUCUGCAAUAGUAAUGAUAAUACCACCGGGCCGACCACGCCUCCGGAGUCUAGCCUUCAGAAGGAUGGCCACGGGCUGGAUCCACAUUUGAUUAACGCCAUCAUUCAAAAUGACUUUAAGAAUGUCAAACGCCGCAUGCAAAACCGUGAGGCACAGCGUCGAUUCCGCGAGCGAAAGGAACAACGACAGAAAAGCCUCCAACAAAAGACCGAGAGCCUCCAAACAGAAUACCGGAACCUGUCGGAUCAAUACACCAAAAGAACAGAUGAAGUCUGUCGGUUACUGAAAGAAAAUGAGCUGUUGCGAUCCGAGGUCCAAGCUUUGCGUCAGCGGUGGCGCAUCAUGAAAUCCGUCUUACAACAACCCAACUCAACGCAUUCCGCUGCCAUCCUGGUGGAGGAGCCCUUGCCACCAUUGGUCUCUUCGUAUUCUGGACAAGCAGGAGGCUUGGACGACUUGUGGCGCCGUCUGGAAAAAGUAACUGAUGAUAGGCCCCACAGCCCGAGUUAG